UUACUCUCGUUUACUUGAAGGAUGGGAAAGCUAAGUAUGUAGGAAGAAGAAAGAGAAUAGUGAAAGAAAUGGAAAAAGGUACCAGCGAUAUUUUAAGUCGUCACGGGGAUUUGGUAGUAGAUUUUAUGCACUUGUCCUUUCUAUGCUUGUUUUUUCCUUUCCCUUUUGAUCUUACUUCCAUGAUGACGACGUUCGAAUAUCCGAUUCUAAUAGUAGGAAUAAAACCCCGUUCCAAGAACAAUACCUGAAAGGCUCGGAGGCAAAAGAGAGAAAGAAUACUAAAGCCGAUCCCUGUCCGCCUCGCACAUCUCGGACAAUGUCAAGGCUAAAGAAGGGUCUAACCUUGGUGAUCUGACAACCGACAAUGAUGAUCCUCGAAUGUUGCACCUGCAGAAAAUGGCGUAUGCAGAUAAAGUGAUCACUUUUACAGUGGUAAUUGUUUU